CCGUAGCUUCAGAAUUACCUACUACUUCGAUCCACCGUCAGUGUCCCUUUAUAUACAUAUAUACCACACGUACGGCAGUGCAUAGCAUUCAUAAUACUAACGUCUUUCUUAAAACACACGCACAACAACUUAGUCAUUCACCACAGAGUUUCCAUUAAUUGUAACUAGUCCUGCCAUUUUUUUGUUUUUGUUUUAACUAUCCGGUUUUCAUAGUCGACCUGACUAAUUUGGAUUCGCGCUAGGCGCUCCCUACUAACAAAUUCGUCAUUCUCAGACUUAAUGUUGAGACUUCUGGUUAAAGGGUGAGAUAUUCCAACCAUCCUGCCAUAGACAUUGGUACUCUGCCUCGUUCUUGUGUCCAUUAUGGCUUUCCUUCGGUGCUUUGGAUACAACCUAAGGCAAGCUGGAGUUGCUGAUGUCCGUGUUUAUGUGGAAGGCAAUAACGAUGAUGAAUUGAAGAAAUAUACAAGCGAUGAGUUGAAGAAAUUCACCAUGAAUUUCUCAAAUACCAAUUUAAUUGCAUGUGGAGGAUUUAGCAGAGUCUAUUUAGCUACGUUCCCUGACUCAACUCUCAGAGCUGUCAAGAUCAUGGACCGCAGCAGCGAGCGUCUCAACAGAAUCUACAAGCAGGAAUUGGACAUCUUGCUUCAAAUCCAACACGACAACAUAGUCAAGCUUCUUGAUCAUUGUGAAGACGAAGAAUUCGGGAACAUGCUGGUAGUUGAGUAUGUUCCAAAUGGGACUUUGCAGGACAAACUCCAUGGAAACAGAGGCAUAAUUCCUUGGAGAAACCGAAUGGCAGCGGCAUUUCAACUUGCUCAAGCCAUUGAUUAUCUCCAUGAAAAAUGUCCUCUACAAAUUGUCCAUGGUGAUAUAAAAUCCUCUAAUAUAUUGCUCGAUACGCAAUUAAAUUGCAAGCUUUGUGAUUUUGGGUCAGCGAAAAUGGGAUUUUCUUCUUCCAUUUUGCCACCAACAAAUAGGGUGAUGAUGCUCGGUUCUCCUGGUUAUAUUGAUCCUCACUACUUGACAACUGGCAUUGCCUCCAGGAAGAAUGACAUAUUUAGCUUUGGAAUCAUUAUAUUAGAACUCAUUUCAGGCGUUGAAGCGUUUUCCUCAGAUAGUGGGGAGAGACUAAUAUCGAAAGCUGCUCCUAUUUUAAAAAAUGUGUCUAAGGUAGCGGGAAUGGUGGAUCCACGCCUGGAUAGGAAUUACGAUUUGGAGGAAGCUAAGGCCAUGGUGACACUUGCAGCGUCGUGCCUAAGUGAUUUUCCCGGUCUCAGACCAUCUGCUUCUGAAAUCUUGGAGACUAUGAGAAGUAGAAUAUCUUCCAUUACCUUUCUCUUUUCAGUUGAUAAAAAGGUUUAAGUAUUCCUCAGUAGAGUUUAUCAAAAGGAUGAAUUACAAUUCACAACAAUGUUUCUGUGUGAAUAGGUGAGGUUCAUGUAAAUUUGUAUAGGGUUCUGCCACAAUUGAAAGAUAUCGUAGUUAGGCAAAGAAUUAGUUCAAGAAACUACUUACAAAUUGAGAGUUGAAAGCUUGAAUUGUGAAUUGUCAGGUUUUACUAAUUUUUCUGUC